GGAGCCAGGAGGGCGACGCCUGGGCCGCCGCCCACCGGGCCGGCAGGAGGCGGACCCGCUCCGAGCGCUGCGCGCGCGCCGGGCUGAUUCUUGCAAACAAGUGUCUGUGGCGCUCUCCCCGCGGCCCUGGGACGCGCUCCGCCGCCCCCAGGCGGCCCUCCUCGCGCCCGGCCCGGCUCUUAUGGGGCAGGAAGGAGCGAGGGAGCCCCUAGCCGCGCAGCCCGCGAGCGGCCGCUGCGACCCUCGGCCCGAGCGGCCCGGGCAGCCCCGUGCGGGGGCCGCGGACUCGGCUUGGCUGCCCGGCGCGCCGGCGCGGGGUCGCAGCGCGAGCAGCUCCCGGGCUGUCGCCGAGCCCGCUCCUGACAGAAUAACGUGCUCGGUGUCCCCACCCCUGGGAGGGGUUGCCGGUGCCGCGAGCGGCCUCCCAGUUUCCAUCUCUUUCUCCUGGGGAGGAUCCACCGCUGCGAGGAAGGAUUAGAAUAAACCUUGCCGAGGCGUAGAAGUGGCUCCCGAGCCAGCCGGCAGCGCCGCGGCCGCCGCCUCGUGUCCCCUCGGGGCGCAGCGCUCGGGGGUCGGCGGGCCGGAACCGAGGCACCGCGGGGGAGCCGAGGGCGGCGGGUUCGAGCGAGCGGCUGUGCGAGGGGUCGAGCGUGCGGCGAGCCCGGAGUCGGCCAGGCAGCCCCUCGCGCCCCGCGGGACCCCGGAGCCCCGGCACGCGGGCUGGAAGCGACUGAGGACCGGCGGGGGCAGCGGGCGAGCAGCGUCCCUCCGGGAAGGGGAUCCGGCUAUGACAGCUGGGCUCCCGGAGGGGUUAACCUGAGUCUCCUCCGCAAAGUUGUCGCCGAGCUCGGAUCCCGCGUAGGGGCCGCGGCGCCGCGGCUCGGGGGGCGGUCGUGGCUCGGCGGGGCCCGCGCGGCCGGGGGGCUCCUGGGGGUGCGCACCCCACGCCGGCUGCCCUCGUGGAUGCCUCCCGGCGGCGGCGGGCCCAUGAAAGACUGCGAGUACAGUCAGAUCAGCACCCACAGCUCCUCCCCCAUGGAGUCGCCCCACAAGAAGAAAAUCGCGGCCCGGAGGAAAUGGGAGGUUUUCCCGGGAAGGAACAAGUUCUUCUGCAACGGGAGGAUCAUGAUGGCCCGGCAGACUGGCGUCUUCUACCUGACUCUCAUCCUCAUCCUGGUCACGAGCGGACUCUUCUUCGCCUUCGACUGCCCGUAUCUAGCGGUGAAACUCACCCCCGCCAUCCCCGUGGUCGGUGGCAUUCUGUUCUUCUUUGUGAUGGGGACCCUGCUCCGCACCAGCUUCAGUGACCCCGGAGUCCUCCCGCGAGCCACGCCUGAUGAAGCUGCCGACCUGGAAAGGCAAAUAGAUAUCGCAAACGGCACCAGUUCAGGGGGGUACCGCCCACCCCCCAGAACCAAAGAAGUCAUCAUCAAUGGCCAGACUGUGAAACUUAAAUACUGUUUCACCUGCAAGAUUUUCCGGCCCCCUCGUGCUUCUCACUGUAGCCUGUGCGAUAACUGCGUAGAACGAUUUGAUCACCACUGUCCCUGGGUAGGCAACUGUGUGGGGAAAAGAAACUACAGAUUUUUUUAUAUGUUUAUAUUAUCUCUGUCUUUUCUGACAGUCUUUAUAUUUGCAUUCGUUAUCACCCACGUCAUUCUUCGAUCACAGCAGACGGGCUUCCUGAAUGCGCUCAAGGACAGUCCGGCGAGCGUGCUGGAGGCCGUGGUGUGCUUCUUCUCCGUCUGGUCCAUCGUGGGACUCUCGGGCUUCCACACCUACCUGAUCAGCUCCAACCAGACCACGAACGAAGACAUCAAAGGCUCUUGGUCAAAUAAAAGAGGUAAAGAGAAUUAUAACCCCUACAGCUACGGGAACAUCUUCACAAACUGCUGUGUCGCCCUGUGUGGGCCCGUGUCCCCCAGCCUCAUCGACCGAAGGGGGUACAUCCAGCCCGACACCCCGCAGCCGGCCGCACCCUCCAACGGGAUGUCCGCGUACGGGGCCACGCCGUCGCAGAGCGACAUGUGCGACCAAGACCAGUGCAUUCAGAGCACCAAAUUCGUUUUGCAGGCCGCGGCCACGCCCCUGCUGCAGAGCGAGCCCAGCCUCACCAGCGACGAGCUGCACCUGCCCGGGAAGCCGGGCCUGGGCACGCCCUGCGCCAGCCUGACGCUCGGGCAGCCCACGCCGCCCUCCUCCAUGCCCAACCUCGCCGCCGAGGCCGGGCUCACAGACAUACUGCCCCUGAAGGAGGAGCACGUGGGCCACCAGUUCCUGACCCCAGAGGAAGCGCCCUCGCCGCCCCGGCUGCUGGCCGGCAGCCCCCUGGCGCACAGCCGCACCGUGCACGUCCUGGGCCUGGCCAGCCAGGACUCUCUGCAUGAAGAUUCGGUGCGUGGCCUGGUGAAACUCAGCUCCGUGUGACCGCGCAGCCCGGCGGCCGGGGACUGCAGGCCGCAGGAGCGGGCGGAGGGCGGCUGCCCGCAGCCACCCUCCCACGACCCAGUGCCACUCUGGCGAGGACGACUCCCGGUCCUGGUCACAAGGACCACGUGGAGGGUCCAUGGAUCCCCUCUGACGGCAGAGGCGGCAGGACCCCAGUGCUUACAGCUCGGUGGUUUUGGCAUUUGCUUCCCAAACUGACGGCUUUGAUAACAACGGCAAUAGAGAGGUAGCUGUUUUCAGGCAUUUGGGAAUGAAAGGUGGGCGUGGGGACAAGAGGAGCCUGGGGCGUCUGCCAUCAGCUGCUGGGGAAAAGGACAGUGCCUGGAUGUCACGCUGUCUGCUUGCUGCUCGUGUGACAGACACACGGAAGGUGUAUGAGACUGGUGGCCAGACUGAUAUUGCACUUACAUGUUAUGCUACUAAUAUCUGAAAUAGACAUGCCAUUCCAUUUGUUAAUUUAAAAAAAAAAAACACCUAAAGGGAAAAAAAGCGACCAGAUGUGGACUUUGCAUGCCACGCUGUCCUGUUUACAGUGGUGUUGGUAUUCCAAAGGACGUGCUGCUUUCCUCUUUCCUUUCUUCUUAAUUUUGUGAGUUUUCACGCGCUGUUGAAUGGGAAGACAGUGCAAGGAACCAGGGCUAACGGACAGCGCCGUCGCGGGCCAGCCCGUCUGGCCCCGGCACCCCUGGGUGGGGGCUGCAGAGGGCUGCGGGGCUCUGAGCGGACCGAGAACCAGUUCACCUUCUGUUUAGAAGUCCCCCGAGGUCUUGUGUUGUGCCCCGCCCGCCACAGUCUCCGCCUCCUGCGUGACCACACUUCCUGUGGGCAGCCAAUAAAGUGACGUCCUCUGUUACUUGGGGUCUGCGUGCCGUUGUCCUUCACAGCUUAAACGACAGCCAGGUCCUCGGGGUGGCUGCAGAGGGUCUGUUCCUACUGAAGUGUCCCUAGCAAGGAGCGGCCCCCAAACCGCCCAAACUCAGACCGUUGAACUGUGGGUACGGAUGGGGUGAUUUCUCAGAUAAGAGAGCUUCUUUUUCCAUUAUUUGUGUCGUUUCCUUCAUCACCUCGUUUUGACACAGUUUUAGCGGAAUUUGUUCCAUGUGCACCGAUUGGCCUGAGGCAGGUCCUCUGUGCCGUGUAGAGGGAGCAGGUACCUGGGGACAAGGUGUGCCACAGGACCACCUUCUCUGCCCUGCCUCGUGCGGACGUGGCACCAGUGCUCGGAAGGGUGGCCUGCCAUCCUGGCGAAGGCAUUGAGAAGAGAGGAGAAACCAGUCUAGAGUCUGGGCUGAGAUCACGUAGAUCGUCAUUCUCACCUAGACACUCGCCAGAGUGGAAUUAAGAAAAUUACCACUCCAUUCAUCCGGGCCCCUGUGUCAUCUGGAAAGGAACCGGCUGUGUACGUAGGGAGCGAAG